AUGGCGACCCAAACCUUGGACAAGGAGAAGCUCAGCAACCGGUCCUUUAUCCUCAACAAGCCUCUUGACGUCGGCUACGUUGAGCGGCCCAAGCCCACCAUCGAGGACCCUCACAAUGUGCUCGUCGCCGUCAACUACACGGGCAUCUGCGGCAGCGACGUGCACUACUACGUGCACGGGGCCAUCGGGCACUUCGUCGUGGAAUCGCCCAUGGUGCUCGGGCACGAGUCCUCGGGCACCGUGGUCGAAGUCGGCUCUGCCGUGACGGACCUGGUGCCGGGCGAUCGCGUGGCGCUGGAGCCGGGGUACGGGUGCCGGCGGUGCGGGCACUGCCGCGCCGGGCGGUACAACCUGUGCCCGGACAUGAUCUUCGCCGCGACGCCGCCGCACCACGGCACGCUGACGGGGCUGUGGGCGGCGCCGUCCGACUUUUGCUACAAGCUGCCGGCGCACGUGUCGCUGCAGCAGGGCGCGCUGAUUGAGCCGCUCGCCGUGGCCGUGCACAUUGUCAAGCAGGGCCGCGUGGCGCCGGGCCACGCCGUCGUCGUCAUGGGCGCCGGGCCCGUCGGCCUGCUCUGCGCCGCCGUCGCGCGGGCGUACGGCGCGACAAAGGUCGUCAGCGUCGACAUUGUGCAGGCCAAGCUCGACUUUGCCCGCGCGUUUUGCGCCACCCACACGUACGCCUCGCAGAGGGUCUCGGCCGAGGAGAACGCGGCCGCGCUCAAGGAGGCCGCCGGGCUGGGCGACGGCGCAGACGUCGUCAUCGACGCCAGCGGCGCCGAGCCGUCGAUCCAGACGAGCAUCCACGCGGUGCGCGUCGGCGGCACCUAUGUCCAGGGCGGCAUGGGCAAGGCGGACAUUACCUUCCCCAUCAUGGCCAUGUGUCUGAAGGAGGUCACGGUCAGGGGGUCGUUUCGGUACGGCCCGGGUGACUAUGAGCUCGCCAUUGAACUGGUGGCGAGCGGCAAGGUCGACGUCAAGCUGCUCGUGUCUGAGGUGGUGGAAUUCGACCAGGCGGAGGAGGCAUUCAAAAAGGUUCGGGAGGGCCAGGUCAUCAAGGUCCUGAUUGGCGGACCCAACCAGUGA